GGCAGUUGGCUAACUACUCAGAGAAGAAAAUCCGUUGUUGUGGAAAGGAAGAAAGGCUCAAGACAUUUCGAGGACGUUAAACGUACAAACAACGAGCGUUAAACCCCAGUUUUUGCGGGUCGUUUUUUGUCUAAUUAAUUUUUUCCCGUUUUGUUUUGCUAACAUGGCUUGUGGAGCUACGUUAAAGCGGUCGAUGGAGUUUGAGGCCCUCCUCAGUCCUCAGUCUCCCAAGCGGAGAAGGUGCAAUCCACUACCGGGGACUACUAGCACUCCGUCCCCGCAAAGAUGCAACCUCCGUCCCCAAGUCGACAGCCCAACGCACUCGAUGUCUCCUCCGGCCAUAGGAGGCGAACACAGGCUGACCCCAGAGCAGAUCUUCCAGAACCUCCGUCAGGAGUACAGCCGGAUCCAGAGGCGGCGGCAGCUGGAAGGGGCCUUCAACCAGACUGAGGCCUGUAGCUCCAGUGAUGCCCCCAGCCCCAGUUCCUCCCUCAACGCUCCCAGCUCCCCACCAGGUGCCUCAAGGAAGGACCAGCCCUCGUUUACACUGAAGCAGGUGAGCUACCUGUGUGAGCGGCUGCUUAAAGACCAUGAGGAGAAGAUCCGGGAGGAGUACGAACAGAUCCUUAACACAAAACUCGCAGAACAAUAUGAAUCUUUUGUGAAAUUCACACAAGACCAGAUCAUGCGAAGAUACGGAGCCCGGCCUGCAAGUUAUGUGUCCUGAACUCACAUUGAUGAGAUCCCAGCUUCCACUCACAAGAUGGCUGCUCUUCUACGGCCUCCUUCCACUUGAUUUUUCAUUUUAUUUACCAUUUUUGUCCCCUCCAUCUCAACCUGUUUGGGUGCCAUGGUGUAUCCUCCUUUUUAAUCCAAAAGUUGAUUUCUUACUUUAAAACUGUUGCUGCUGGCAAAAAGUUAGAAGAAUCUGAAAGAGAAACUAUGUAUGAAGCCAACUUUUUAUUUUUUCAGCCCCUUUUAUUGUUGAUAUACUCUCUGGAAAUCCUGACUAAAGCAGAUCUGUGUCAAAUCUCUUGCUGGCGCUGUAGAAAAAGCUUAUUGGCUCAUGUGAUCAUCUGUAUAACCUUGUAGCAGCUGUAUUUAAUGGCUCCUGCUUCUCUCACCCCCCCCCCCCCCCCCCCCCCACACACACACACACACACACACAUCCCUCCUCACAACUCUUUACCUGAGAAUGUGGAUUUUCUCCCUUUUGAAGAAAAUAAAAGUUCUGUGAUUAAAA